CCCAACGUAAAGACAAACAACAAUGGACGUCGUACACUCACUCACACUCCCCAUACAUACUCUAUACUCCCAGGUCCAGGUGCCGAUACCCCAGAGGGGCAACCAGGCCCCUGGGCCCAGGAGAAGGCCCCUUCAUUCCGGGGUGGAGACAGGCAGACUGCCCCAGCACCAGCCCAGACUAGUGCCGGCACUGCCUGAACACGAGCGACCCCCAACCGGGACACAGAUACCAAACACAUGCCCCCGAACCCAAACACCAUGAGUCCCCUCCCCACAGGGGCACACCCCCACAAAUGAGCUCCAUCUUCGAAAAGCAGACGAAGACACCCACACAGCGCAAGCUACACACACACGGCCCCGCUCCAAGCACCCCCGCUGCAUCCUGCCCCCCACCACACAGCAUAACAGUAAGGCAAGGGUUUUCUCAGCACAAAUAAAAAACAAACAUUAUUAAACAAGCAUUAUUUAGAGCAUUUCAUUCUAAACUGGAUAGCGGUGUUCUUUGCCCAAACACCACCUCUUACGUGAACCGUGCUGGAGACAGGGUUUCCCGGGCGACGAGUGGAGAAGCAAAACUGUCUGGUCAUCCAUUUGUGGACUGAAAGGGACUAGCGUUGCAGCUAAUCUCAGUAGCUGUAAGGGUAUUAGGGUUUAGGUGUUUAGCUAGCCUGGCUGAACUGUAGGACAACAGCACGUUGCAGCUACUUCAGUGGGGUAGCUCUCGCCACCUGGACAUGCACGCAGAAAGGCAUGCGAUGCUGCGGUUCCGGUGCCUUCUUUUCCAGGCCAUGGGGGUAAAUCCACUUCAAUUAGAGCUGCAUCUGGAGGUCUCAGCAAAAAGUCAACCAAUGCUUGUCUUAUUACAUGCUUUUUAUGAAUUUAUACCGGGUACUGAAACAGCAAAUCAUUACUUAACUUUGUUGCAUAUGAUUGGCAUGAUCGUAGUCACUUUUGGAUCCAAGGACUCUUUGAAGUAGAAGCCUUAUUUGCAUGCGAAUUUUAAGGCUUCCAUCUGACACGUGCUCUGGUCCCCCAUUAGCCGCUGUCUAUGGCCGGAAUGAGACCGAGCAGAGGGGGAAAGGUGUCUUUGGGUCAAAGAUUCCAGCUCUGACUCCUCCUCUGCCUGGGUUGAGCUGGAAGAUGGCUGGGUCUGGGCUAGGCACGCAACCUUUAGUCUGCAUAUAUCUCCAGCGUCUGCAGGAGCUCCACUUGCAGCAGAACAGCAUAGAAAUGAUAGCAGACCAGGCUUUGGUUGGUUUGACCUCUCUGGCUUUGCUGGACCUCAGCAGGAAUAAUCUCCACACCAUUGGUCCUACGUCACUGCGGCCUCUGGUUAGCCUGCAGGUGCUGCGUAUCACAGAUAAUCCAUGGCGCUGUGACUGUGCUCUCCACUGGUUGAGGAGCUGGAUUGAUGAGGCUGGUCAGCGUCUGCUCAGCUUUGCGGAACGUCGGCUGGUCUGCAAUGAGCCUCCACGUCUUUCCCGUCUCAGCCUCAUGGAAGUCCCACUCAACAGCUUGGUGUGUAUCCCUCCAGUAGUUCAGCUCGAACCAAGAAGGUUGGCAGUCCAUCUGGGAGAGAGCCUCAGGGUGUCCUGCCAUGCCUCUGGCUAUCCUAGGCCACAAGUGACUUGGAAGAAAGCAUCCCAAAGUCAAAUAGUGGACUCUCCCAGGGGUCUGGUUCAGGAGCUGGCUGCUGGAGGAGGUGAAGUAGGAGUAUCAGAAGGGCCGUCUGAAGACAGACUCAGCCUGCAGAAGGCUGCCGGCGAGUACUUUGACCCCGACACUGGCAGUGGCAUGCUGUUUCUCAGUAAUGUGACUGUGGCACAUGCAGGUUUUUAUGAAUGUGAGGCCUGGAAUGCAGGAGGUGUAGCUAGGGUGACCUUUCAACUUGCCAUCAACUCAUCCUCUUCUUCCUCAAUUUGGGCCUCGUGGUCUCAGGUUUCCUCGCCAUACUCCCCAACUUGGCCCCGGCUGAGAAGUCACGGUCCAGUUUUGGGUUCUGAUGUAAGCCGGGAGCCCCUCUAUGCUGUAGGCAGCAUGGCCUUCAGUGCUCUGGGAGCUGCAACUCAGACUGCCAUUGCCGUGGGCAUCUCGCUGCUGGCGUUGACUGCUCUGCUGCUGGUUGCCAUGAUCUACAGCCGACAUUACCAGCAAGACAAGGACGCCGAUGGUGCUGAAAAGCAGGAGGAGAGCGUCCUGUACGUGAAUGACUACUCUGAUGGCCCCACCACCUUUGCCCAGCUAGAAGAGUACCGUGAUGAGCAAGGCCAUGAAAUGUAUGUACUGAACAGAGCCAAGCCUGUGCUUCCCCCUGCUCCAACCACAGCUAUCUCCACCACAAAUCUGGAUUGCCACGCACCAUCUGACACCUCCAGCCAAACCCUUUCCAUUGGGCCAGGCAAUACUAGUAAUCCCAGUGUUUCUCAGAACAAACAGGAGCAGCAGGAGAUUGACAUCCGAACCAUGAGAAGAAUGGCAGGGGAAGGAGGGGAAGCAGAGCCUAUGAUCAUGUCAGAGGCUGAAGGAAUGUUUCUUAACCACACAGGGGUGUUUAUGGAAUCUCAGAUAGCUUAUGAGAUCCACUGCUGAAGGACUGCAGAGGUACAGACUGUUUUCAUCUUACCUGAAAAACCUCAUGGUCCCACUCAUGUACCGAUGAGUGAUAAAGGUACAGAUCCCUGCUGAGGGGUUCCUUAAUACAAGUCUCACCCAGAACAGAACCUAAUAAAACUGAACAAGAUAAAGCUUACAACCUGAAAACAAGUAAACCUUAAAUGAGCGUAAUUGUAAUGCAAACUGUGCAUCCUGAGUGCUCAGAUAGGCUGUUGGGUUAAAUACUACUAAAGACCUGGUUUGGUGAGGGUCUGCCCUCAUCUAUAUGGAGGUGCACAUGGCCAAGACAUCAGAAGGACCACACUAUAAGUGUGAGAAGAAGCUGUUGACACGUUUGCCAAGCUGAAAAAAACAUUGCUCCAGUUAAGCUUUUAGGAAACCAUGUGUGGUUGUUCAACCUGUUAUUAACUGUACAUGAUUUUUGUUGAGACACUUGAAGGAUGUACAGUUAGAUCAGGUAUGCAAAACUAGAGUUUUGUAUUAUUGGUAAUAGCACAGAGAUAUGUUAUCACAGAUUAAAGAUUCAAAAUCUA